GGAUGGACGUGGGCCGUGGUCAGUAACUAAGAACGGAGGUACAUUGGGAAUUUGGGAUCAUCUCAGGAGAAUCUCCUCUGCAACACGACUUCUCCCUCCGAUCCCUUUCCACCCAUUUACUUUCACAUCUUCUCCGACCGGAAAAGACGUCAAUUUUCAUUUUGAGCGCAGAAAAGAAGCUGAAAUCGAUGAUACUGUUGCAGUCUCAUUCAAGAUUCCUUCUCCAGACCUUGCUGAAUCGAGUUCAAAGCCUCGAUAGAGCAGUUGAGUUGGAUUACCACUGGGUUGAGUUUGACGAUAUUCGUUACCAUGUUCAGGUGUCAAUGAAGAAUCCGCAUAUACUGUUGCUGUCGGUGUCGUUACCCACCCCACCACCAGAAACUAUUUUCUUUGGUGGACUUCCAUUUGGAGCAAUAGAAGCUAUAAAGGCUGCAUAUGGUGUCAUUGUGCAAAUUCUUGAUCCCCCAAGAGACGGCUUUAAUCUCACGCUCAAACUCAAUUUGUCUAAACUUCCAUCAGAUGAAGAUUACAAACAUAGUCUUUUGGUCAAGGUUGCAUCCAUCAGGGAAGUGGUAUUGGGUGCCCCUUUAAGGGUAAUUCUAAAACAUCUUGCUUCCAGGACAGUUGCUCCUGAUUUUGAUCGGCUUGUCGCUCUUGUGCAUCGACCAGAGGAGUCCUUUUUCCUUGUUCCAAAGGCAGACAAGGUGACAGUGGUGUUUCCAAUGAGAUUCAAAGACUCCAUAGAUACCAUGCUCGCAACUUCCUUCCUGCAGGAAUUUGUGGAGGCAAGGCGAACAGCUGGACUUAAUAAUGCUCCUCCUUGUUUGUGGUCUCCUUCUCCACCUAUGGAACUUAAGGGAGCUCCAGAGAAUGCAUUAUCUGCAAAUGCAGGAUUUGUGACUUUCGUAAUUUUCCCUCGCCAUGUGGAAGCCAAAAAAUUGGACCGUACCGUGUGGAACUUAUCAACAUUUCAUGCAUAUGUGAAUUAUCAUAUUAAGUGCUCAGAGGGAUUUAUGCAUACUCGGAUGCGACGUCGUGUGGAGUCUUUAAUUCAGGCUCUGGAUCGUGCCAAACCAGAUUCGGAGAAAUCCAAGAAGACAGCAAAUGUCAGAUCUUUCAAACGUCUGAGCCUCAAGGACAACAGCAGAUGAUACUUGACUCCUACAAGUUAUUGGUAAUGAACUUCGAUGCAUAUCCAUGUGAUCAAUUGGUGCAGGUGCUUGUAUUUUAUUCUUUACAGUGAAGCAAAAUGACAAUCAUGUUUUAGUUUGCUACAUGGACAACAUCCAUGGUUAGUCCUGUUGAACCAAAAAUGCUUUUGUUAAGUUCCCCCUUAAUCAAAUAAAUCUCUUAGUGAUUAUGGUUGGCUCAGACAAGAUGUUUACUCGAUGCCAUCCGACUUCAAUUCCAGUACACCACAGGCGGCAUCUUUGAAUAAAGGUAUGCCAAUAUGCUAUCAUGUUUUGUGUGGCAAAUUCGCAACCUUCUACCAACUCUCUACUUUCCAGGCAACUUCCUUCAAUGUGGGGUUGGUUGCCAUUUUUAGUUUUUCUUUUAAUCUUCUAGAGGCAGACUAAUAUCCUC